AUGUGCAUGGCCCUAAAUCCAAAGGAAGUCAUCAGGGAAUUGAUAGAGAACCAAACAAGUAUUGAGAAUUUUGAGAUUGUGGCUUUCUACCACUUAGCAAAGAACCGUCCUGUUUUUUUUGCUCUAUUUUUCUUCAUCUACUUGAUCGGAUUACUAGGUAACAUCAUAAUAAUCAUAACAGUCAUCACUGAUGUGUCACUACAUAAGCCCAUGUACAUCUUUCUAACCAACUUAUCUUCUGUGGACAUUAUUUUCACGUCAUCGACUCUGCCGAAACUGAUGGACAUCUUACUCACCGGAAACAACUCAAUAUCCUUUGUAGAAUGCUUCACCCAAAUGUGUUUGUACACAUUUGCUGCUUGUACGGAGGACAUGCUUCUGUCUUUUAUGGCCUAUGACCGAUAUGUGGCCAUCUGUAAACCCUUAUAUUAUCAUAUGAUUAUGAACAGGAGGAAUUAUAUGUUGGUUCUUGUGAGUAUAUUGAUUUCAACUGCUGUUGAUGCCUUGUUUCUUACUCUGACCAUUUAUCAGAUGAAUAUAUGCCAUUCUAAUAAAAUACAACAGUUCUUCUGUGAGCUCAAGGCUUUCGACAGAAUUCUUUGCAACAGCACUAAACUUCAUCUCAUCAUCGUUGCGGAGGUCAUAAUUGGGCUCAUCUUAUUUCUUCUUAGUUUAAUAUCAUACAUCAAAAUAAUAUCUCUUGUUCUGAGCAUUUCUUCCACAACGGGUCAGAAGAAAGCCUUCUCCACCUGCACCUCACACCUUACUGUCUUGGGUAUGUUCUACGGGGCCGGUAUGUGCAUGUACCUAAAGCCUCCUUCAGAACAUUUAGAGGAACAGGACUUGGUUUUAUCAACGCUGUUCUCGGCAGUGACCCCCAUGUUAAAUCCAAUUAUGUACAGCCUAAGGAAUGAGGAGGUAAAGUUGGCCAUAAAGAAAAUAAUUACCUUGAAAUAG